AUGGCCCGCCGUCCCGCCCGUUGCUACCGGUACUGCAAGAACAAGCCGUACCCCAAGUCUCGGUUCAACCGUGGUGUCCCCGACCCCAAGAUCCGCAUCUUCGAUCUUGGCCGCAAGCGCGCCACUGUCGACGACUUCCCUCUCUGCAUUCACCUCGUUUCCAACGAGUAUGAGCAGCUGAGUUCCGAGGCCCUUGAGGCCGCCCGUAUUUGCGCCAACAAGUACCUCGUCAAGGUUGCCGGCAAGGAAGGUUUCCACCUUCGUGUCCGUGCCCACCCCUACCACGUCGUCCGUAUCAACAAGAUGUUGUCUUGCGCCGGUGCCGAUAGACUGCAGACUGGUAUGCGUGGUGCCUGGGGUAAGCCCAACGGCACUGUUGCCCGUGUCAACAUUGGCCAGAUCAUCAUGAGCGUCCGCACUCGUGACUCCAACAAGGCCACCGCCCUUGAGGCCCUCCGCCGCUCCCAGUACAAGUUCCCCGGUCGCCAGAAGAUCAUUAUCUCCAAGAACUGGGGCUUCACCCCCCUUCGUCGCGAGGAGUACCUCGAGAAGAAGGCUGCUGGCCGCGUCAAGGUCGAUGGUGCCUACGUUCAGUUCCUCAGCAACCACGGCAAGCUCGAGGAGAACAUCAGACGCUUCCCUGAUGCCUUUGCCUCCGAGGCUUAA